ACCAGGUCAGUGAGCCAACAACGCACGUGCCUUUUCUUUCAAUGGUCACUUGUCCUCGUGUCACUGCACCGUGACAUGUACGCUGCUGAUUGGAUCAAUUUUCGACAGAGUUGGCGCCAUCUUGAUCAUGCACAAUAUUCUCGAACCAGACGUUCUAGGAAACGCCAGAAAAAGUUGAAAGUAUCGAUGGCAAAUUGAUGUGAUCAUAUGCGAUAGCCGCCAUCGACUCAGAUCUCAUAUGGACAGUUCUCGAAACUGCCAGAAACACUUGUUCGUCACUCUUACAGCACCCGGCCCGCUAUAACCCUCGUCCACAAGCGCUGUGCAAAAACCCUACUGAAUCCUGAUCGUUCUUGUUUGCCAUCGAGCGCAACAUGUCUGAAACACCUGCAGAGCGCCCCAUCGCUUACUUUGAUAUCACUAUCGGUGGCAAACCCACUGGGCGUAUCGUAUUCUCGCUAUACGCGGACUCGGUGCCCAAGACAGCUGAAAACUUUCGUGCAUUAUGUACGGGUGAAAAGGGUAUUGGAAAGUCUGGCAAACCUCUUUGUUACGCUGGAUCUGGCUUUCACCGCGUAAUCAAAGGGUUCAUGUGUCAGGGUGGUGACUUCACGGCGGGCAAUGGCACUGGGGGGGAAUCAAUCUACGGCGAGAAAUUCGAAGACGAGGCGUUCCUCGUGAAACACACGAAACCUUUCUUACUGUCCAUGGCAAAUGCAGGAAAAGACACCAAUGGCUCGCAAUUCUUCAUCACCGUGAAUCCAACAUCCCAUCUUGAUGGCAAGCACGUGGUUUUCGGUGAAGUGAUCAAGGGCAAAUCAAUAGUCCGUACAAUUGAAAAUUUCCCGACUGGGUCCGGAGAUGUUCCCACUUCCCCUAUCGUUAUAUCUGCUUGCGGCGUUCUCUCACCGGAUGACCCCUCCCUCGUGACUUCCGAGACGACUGUUGGUGACGGCUACGAGGACUACCCUGAAGACGACGAUUCCGAUGUGCAGAACCCCGAAGUUGCGCUUGAUAUUGCGCGUAAAAUCCGUGAGCUCGGUAACAAGCUCUUCAAGGAUGGGCAAAUAGAACUCGCACUCAAAGCGUACCUCAAAUCGAUAAGAUACCUAGACGUCCAUCCCGAAUUGCCGGAAAACUCUUCGCCGGAGCUUAAGGACUCUUAUGAAUCGCUUCUUGCACCCCUCUUAUUAAACUCGGCACUCGCUGCGCUACGCACACAACCAGCAGCGACCGAAACUGCGGUGAAGAAUACCACGCGAGCUUUGGAUCGUCUGCAGCUGAGUAACCCAGAUAAAGCCAAGGCCCUUUAUCGUAGGGCGUCAGCGCAUGUAAUUCUGAAGCAGGAAGACGAAGCUGAAGCAGAUCUUGUUGCUGCUAGUCAGCUUGCACCCGAAGACCCGGCGAUCCUGGGAGAACUCGCGAAAGUGAGGCAGAAGAAGAAGGAAAAAAGGGAGAGGGAGAAGAAGUCAUACAAGAAACUGUUCUCCCUAGUCAAGUACUCGAAAACUGGUCUAUGGGGUGUUGGGGGACGGGGGGGAGGUGAGGCGUUGGGGGGUGAGGCGCUGGGGGACCGGAGGUGGGGGGGAGUGAGGCGUCGGGGGGUGGGGCGUUGGGGGACUGGGGGGGGGGAUGGCAGUGAGGGAUUGGGGGACACUCAGACCAGCAGGGCCUCGAGGGCCAGGGCGACCUCGGGGGCCAGGAGGGCCUCGGGGGCCGGUGUCACCAGUGGGGCCAGUACGACCGGUGGAGCCUGGCGAGCCUGGAGGACCGUUGAGGUCUUCAAUGAAAAGGCUGGUGCAACAUACGUGAAGAAGCGUCAGCAUAGCGUCGGAGCUCCAGGAGUCGAUAAAGAAGAUUCACAGCUCGGAAGAUGUCUUCCUCUGUUGCAGGACUUGAUGGCAGGACACGUAUUUCUCGAUGUCUUUGUGACGGUGACAGUUGUGGUAAUGGGAUGAUCCAACUCAUGACGAGAAAUGGCUGAGGUGUUAGUGAUCCCCAUCCCCUUAUAAAGUUUCCUGCGGCUGACGAUAUCCUCAGUCCACUUCCAAAUCUAUGCUUCGUUUGAGUUUGGACCAGUCCUUGGUCAAGGUGAGCCUGAGACGACAUCCGCGCUCCAUCGCUGAAUGUCAUCAAAUGACGGUACGUUGCUUUGAGUCGGAUACGCACUGAUCACGGGAUCUCUUUGACUGGUGCGUGGAGGCGAAGAACUUCGUUUACCACAGCGUCCAGAUAGGGAAGCUUAUUCAUAAGGUCGUCAUAUGAGGGGGUUGGCCCAACCUCUAAGCACUCGUCGCGAAGCUUCUUUUGUAUGUCUGAAUUCUGCGCAAGUUC